AUGGAGAAAUGUUCGCUAAGGUAUCAGUUCUGUGCAGUUCUCCGAAGCGACAUAACAUAUAUUCAUAAAUUGAUUUGGAUAGCAAUAAAGGAUGAGUUUGGGAGCUGUGUAUUCCAUGACAACGGUGAAUUAAACCGAGCAGCUCUUAGAACCAUUAUAUUCGAGGAUGAGAAUCAGCGGCAAAAGCUGAAUAGAAUAACACACCCUGAAAUCUACAGAGAAAUGUGCUGGGAGGCGGUAAAAUGCGCUUUUUCUGGCUACCAGUUCAUCAUCAUGGAUCUGCCCCUGCUGUUCGAGGCCGGGGUGAUGGUCCCCUACAUGCACAAGAUCGUGGUGGUCACGUGUGAGGAGGAUCUCCAGCUCCAGAGGUUGAUGGAGCAAAGACAUCUAUCGGAGAGGGAAUCUAAACUCAUGAUCGGAGCUCAGAUGCCUUUGGAUGUGAAGGCCACCAGGGCUCAGUUUGUGAUUGAAAACAGUGGAAACCUGGAGGAUUCAAGGCAGCAGGUUAACCGUAUACACAAAAGACUGUCUGCUUCAUAUUUCCAUUGGAAGCUUCGUCUCCUGGUUGGUUUAGCUGUUGGAGGUGUUACAGGCAUUCUGUAUUUUGUUAGUACCAAGGUUGGUAAGGUGACCGGAAGGGAGCUGGUUUCCUUGAUUUCUGGUGGAAGCAAGUAAAUGCUCAGUGCUCUCGCACAAGUUAAAAAACGGGCCAGAUUCAAGAAAAACGUGACAUUCUGCAUCAUGCCAUCAGCUGAAGUUUAGAUAGGUCGGCCAUAGAUCUACUGACAACAUUGACAAGGAACUGUAGUAAUUGGUAUCUAAAUAUUUGUUUGAAUGAUUUAGUCAUCUAGGGUCAAACAAGACAAGGUGUUUGAGUGAUUUAGUGUUCUUUAGUGACGUGAUUUUUUGGAUGAUUCGUAGAUUCUGAAUGAAUGAUCAUUCAUUGAUUGUUUUCUUAAGUGAAUUGUAUAAAAAUUUGUUUGAGUGAUAACCUGCUUGAUUUAUACACUGCUUGAAUGAUUUUCUGCUUGAGUGAUUACAUGCUUGAGUGAUACUCUGCUUCAGUGAUACUCUGCUUGAGUAAUGCGCUGUUUGAGUGAUUCUCUGCUUGAGUGAUACUCUGAUUGAAUGAUUCACUAAUUGAGUAAUACUCUGCUUGAGUGAUGCGUUGUUUGAGUGAUUCUCUGCUUGAGUGAUACUAUGUUAUAGUUAGAUACUCUGUUGGAGUGAUUCUCUGCUUGAGUGAUUCUCUGCUAGAGUGAUUCUCUGCUUGAGUGAUUCUCUGCUUGAGUGAUUCUCUGCUUGAGUGAUUCUCUGCUUGAGUGAUACUCUGCUUGAGUGAUACUCUCCUUUAGUGAUCCUAUGCUAGAGUGAUCGACUCUGUCAGAUUGAGAUACUCUGUUUAAAUGAUACUUUGUUUGAAUGAUACUUUCUUAGAGUGGUACUCUAUUAGAGUUAUCUACUCUACUUGAUUGAUAAUCUUCUUGAGUAUAACUCUUCUUAAGUAAAACUCUGCUUGAAUGAUACUCUGCUUGAGUGUUACUCCUCUUGAGUGAAACUUUGCUUAAGUGAAAAAAGUAUGAGUGAUAAACCAUUAUGAGUGCUGCUAGAUUGACUGAGUGGUUUUCCGCCUGUUGCUGGUUGAACGAUCGUUACCCUACUACGACUAGUAUGACUGGAGUAGCUAAAUCCCGUUUAUGAAAUAUUUCCAAAUCUGUCCAAAAAAAAAUUAGUUUUCACACCCUUUUUAUGCAUGAUGAAUCGGUUAUAGUUCAACAAAGCAUUUUAGUAAUUUAGAAAAGUUGUAUUUAUUGUAAUCCAUAAUUUGAAUUUAAAGGAUUUUUUAAAAGUAGAUUUAUGUAGUUGUUGCGUAUAUAUUUAUCUUUUCAAGAUCAAUGCAGUAGAAGAAGACGUAAAUAUAAAUUAUAUCUUUUUUCUUUUAAAUUUGAAAAAAGAUUUUUGAUGACAGAAAAAUGAUUGCCAUUGGAUGGGGGCGGUGAUUUUUAAAGAAAAUUUACAUCCCUGAAAGAAGUUUUUAAAGGCAAAAUAGUUAUUCAAGACUCCUCUCCUUGUAUGAUGACUGUUUUGAUUACAAUCCAUUACAAGUUUUUUAAGUCAUUGCUCCAGUUUCAAGGUUGGAUUAUGGAAAUACGACAACUUGAUUCUUAUAUUUGAAAUAAUAAUGGUUGGGAAAAUUUCGGAUUCAAAAUCCUCAAUUGGAAAUUUUUUUAGAUUUAGACAAGAACUCGAAAUGAAACUUUUUUUUUCAAAAUUAUUCUCUUAUACUUAUAUUCAAAUUUGACUCAACAAAAGCAAGUUAUGACCAAUGUCGGGUCAUAUUGUGAAGCUAUAUUCGAAUUGCUGGAUGACAUUUUUCUCUCCAUAUCAACAUGCAGCAAUUUGAAAGCAUCAACUAUCUAAAACCAAUUUUUCACUUUGAUGCCCUGUUAGUAUCUACACCAGACUACCAAAACAAUAUCUAUUAUUCUUAAAGAAGUGUACGUUUGUAAAGAAACAAUGGUAAUAAGAUAAAUUUAUAAAUGAUUAUAUUUAUUUACAGA